CCCGGGCCACGUGACAUGAAGGAGGCGGGGACGGGAAGGGAAAGGUCGGCGGCGUCGCCGGCGGAGGGGGGAGCGGAAGGUCAGGGCGCCGCGGAGCGGAAGUGGGAGCCGGAGCCCGUCCGCCAUUGUGGGGAAGCGGAGCCCAGAGCAAGGGGGGGGAAGCGGCGUUGUGUCCGGCCGGCGGCUCCUUCCAGCGGGAACCCGAUCGACGGCGGCGGCAGCGAGCCCAGGAGGCGGCGGCGGCGACAAUCAGGGGGAGGAGGCGGCGGAGGCGAGCGAGCGGCCCCGGCGUGCGGAAUCACUCGAGGCCCAGGCGGAGCGGAGCGAGGGGAUCGCGGCUCCCCGUGAAGAAUGUCAGCCACCAGCGUCGACCAGAGACCUAAAGGACAGGGAAAUAAAGUUUCAGUACAAAACGGUUCGAUUCAUCAAAAGGAUGCAGUAAAUGAUGAUGAUUUUGAGCCAUAUCUAAGUAGUCAGACAAAUCAGAGUAACAGCUAUCCACCAAUGUCAGACCCAUAUAUGCCUAGCUAUUAUGCUCCAUCCAUUGGAUUUCCAUACUCUUUAGGUGAAGCAGCAUGGUCAACUGCAGGCGACCCUCCAAUGCCAUAUUUGACAACUUAUGGACAGAUGAGUAAUGGUGAACACCAUUACAUACCCGAUGGUGUAUUUAGUCAACCUGGGGCAUUAGGAAAUACCCCUCCAUUUCUUGGGCAGCAUGGAUUUAAUUUUUUUCCUGGGAAUGCAGACUUCUCUACAUGGGGGACAAGUGGAUCUCAGGGACAAUCAACGCAAAGCUCUGCUUACAGCAGCAGUUAUGGCUAUCCACCUAGUUCUCUUGGGAGAGCCAUAGCAGAUGGACAGGCUGGAUUUGGCAGUGAUACUCUGAGCAAGGUGCCUGGGAUUAGCAGCAUUGAGCAAGGCAUGACUGGACUGAAAAUCGGUGGAGAUAUGACGGCUGCUGUAACAAAAACUGUAGGUUCAGCUCUGAGCAGUACAGGUAUGACAAGCAUUGCAGCUAACAGCGUGCCCCCAGUUAGCAGUUCAGCACCUAAACCAACCUCAUGGGCUGCAAUUGCAAGGAAACCUGCUAAACCUCAGCCGAAACUCAAGCCUAAAGGUAAUGUAGGCAUUGGGGGCCCUGCUGUACCACCACCACCAAUAAAACACAACAUGAAUAUUGGAACUUGGGAUGACAAAGGGUCAGUGGUGAAAGCACCCCCAGCUCAACCAGUACUGCCUCCUCAGACUAUAAUCCAGCAGCCUCAGCCAUUAAUUCAACCACCACCACUGGUGCAAAGCCAACUGCCUCAACAGCAGCCUCAGCCACAGCAACCACAGCAGCAACAAGGACCUCAGCAGCAGGCCCAGCCUCACCAGUUGCAGCAGCAACAGCUGCAAAACCGCUGGGUAGCUCCUCGUAAUAGGGGUGUGGGCUUCAGCCAGAACAAUGGAGCUGGUAGUGAGAACUUUGGUUUAGGUGUUGUAUCCGUCAGCUCCUCACCUUCUGGUGUGGAAGUGCACCCAGUGCUGGAGAAACUAAAGGCCAUAAACAACUACAAUCCCAAAGACUUCGAUUGGAAUCUGAAGAACGGACGCGUGUUUAUAAUCAAAAGUUAUUCAGAGGACGAUAUUCAUCGCUCCAUUAAGUACUCUAUCUGGUGUAGUACUGAGCAUGGUAAUAAGCGCUUGGAUGCUGCUUACCGUUCCCUGAAUGGAAAAGGCCCACUCUAUUUACUCUUCAGUGUGAAUGGCAGUGGACACUUUUGUGGAGUGGCUGAGAUGAAGUCUGUUGUGGACUACAAUGCAUAUGCUGGUGUCUGGUCUCAGGAUAAGUGGAAGGGGAAGUUUGAUGUCAAAUGGAUCUUUGUCAAAGACGUUCCCAAUAACCAACUGCGGCACAUUCGCUUGGAAAACAAUGACAACAAACCGGUUACCAAUUCGAGGGACACUCAAGAGGUACCCCUAGAAAAAGCCAAGCAAGUGCUUAAAAUAAUUGCUACUUUCAAGCAUACCACCUCAAUCUUUGAUGACUUUGCACAUUAUGAGAAGCGUCAAGAGGAGGAGGAAGCCAUGCGUAGGGAGAGAAAUAGAAACAAACAAUAACUAUAUGGAGAUGUCCUGCUAGAAUACAACACUAAUGAUGUAGACUCUGGAAAUGCCUAAUAUGUCUAAGAAGACGUUAUUAAAGCUUUUUUCUGCUUAAGGUGACAUCUUUGAACACUUUAACACGAAAUUGACUCUUCUUGUAAUGGUUCUCAUCAGUGCAUCUGCCCUUAUACUCUCUCACCAAACACACUUGAGAACUGUACCUUCGUCAAGCACUUUCUGUCCUGAAGCUUUUACCAGUAUCUGCUGUCUUUUGUAUUUAUGCAUCCUAGCUAAGGCACAGGAGACCGAACGAAUGCAAGGAUUCAUUAACUCUUUGAAUUUGUUAAAUACUAACAUUUAACCAUUAGAAAGUGGUUCAAUGAUGUGAGAUUCACAUUGCUUCAACUUAAUUUUUUUCUUUGUUGUAGUUUUUUUAAUUGUCAGUUUUUAGCUAUUCAACAGAUUAAAAGCAAAAUCAUGCCAUAUUUAGUCCUGGAGUAAAACUCAAGUCUAAAUGUUCAUGUGAAAAUUAUUGUAGUAAUCUUUUAAUAUGGCAAAGCAACUCUAAGCUGCAGUUUAGCCAAAUGAAUCGUAACAUGAAAUUAUAUUAGGAUGACAUUUCCCUUGUUUCAAACUGUUUGGUGUAAGAGAAUAUUAAUAUGCAGCUUGGUGGACACCACCAGUUAAUGCACAUUUCUUUAUUUCUUUUCCUGUAACAUGUAAACUGAAAAAAGUGCAUUUGUCUGAGGAACUGUUUGUUUGCUACCACUCAAUGAAUCUCAGUUUUGAGUAAAUGUACCUCAGUCUAAAUCAGACUUUUUAUGACCUUUAUAACUACAUUUAAAAUAAUCUUUAAUUCCUAUUUCUGGGUGUUUGCAAGCCUGACAGAUUGCUAUCAUGAAAGUGAAAAUUUACUCCUCUAGGUGAUUCACUAGCUAAAUAAACAUAAUUCUUGUUUAGCAAGCAUAUACUCUGUUUCUCAAAUUUUUUUUGUUUCAUUGUCCCAACAUCCAGGUGUUUUUCCCCCCUAUUUGAAACUAUUUUGAGAAAAAUACUUUGGUCCAUGGAGUUAACAUAUUCAUAACUGUGUUAAGAUGAUUUUUGUUAGAACCGUGCGACAAGAAUUUGAGAGUACAUAUUAAACCGGGCAGUUAUACACAAGUUUUUACCUUCUAAAAAUAUAUCUUCUGUUUCAGUUCAUACAGCAACACAUUGUCUGCUGGAAGAGAAUAUUGAAAAACUGUUAAGCAAGUGUAUUGACUGUACAAAAUACUGAACAACCUGUACCAAACUCCAGGGAUAGCUUUCUCUUUUUAGAACGGCGAUGUAGAAGUCAGAUAUGUUAUAGCUUAAAAUAGCAAUAGCACAUAUUAUUUGAAUGUGUUUCAUGUCUUACUGUCCAACACAGUUGUUUUUAUUGUGUUUCAAGUCAUUAAUUUACAGAUUCUGGCAAUCAAAAGUUCUGGAGCUUAAGUAGCAAAGGUUUGUUUUGAAUACAGACUAUUUUGCUAACUUUUGCUUCCUCUCUUCUAAAGCCCCUUGCACUCUUAUGACCUUGCAAACACAAAAAGUUCAGUACACACUUCUUGCUUGUUAUUUGAAAUAUUGAGACUUCAAAAUAGCAGAUAUAUAUUUUAAUUUUUACUGGCAGUUUUCUGGAAGCUCAAAAGGGAAGCUGCUCCUAUAUUUUGGAGUAAAGAAGCAAUGUCAAUUAAAUGUAGAUGUUUAACAAAUAGCAAGUGGGAUAAAGGAAGGAUAAGCAAAGUGCAUAUUGUAAGAGAAGACUAGGAGAUAAAGGUUUCAAGCCCAAUUACUGUGAAAUUUGACUUCAGUCCAAAAAUUGCUGCUUCCAUGCAUAUCUGUUUCUUGCUAACAGGUCUAUAGCUAUUUGUUUCCCUCUGUUGGCUGAUUUAUGGGUUACUGCCUAUUAUUCCAACUGUCAUUGAUCAGCUGAAGUGGCAAAGGUCAAUGUUGUGAGUCCAAAGAAUGUAGUUCUUCUGAUGAUCCAUCAAGGGGUCAGCAUGUUUUUGCUUCUUUAUUACAAAAAUAUCUUAUGAAAAUGCACAAAAGUUUCCAGUUAAAAGAAAGCUGCUGUUAGAGUCAGGCAUUCAGGAACUGAUUGCAUGUGCAACCUUAGUUUGCUUCCACUGCAGUAUUCAUAUUUUUGCAGGCUCUGUUAAUAUUCCCUGCUUUACCCUAUGCCUCUUUUAUUCUAAUAGCAUGAGCGUUGCUCUUGGAUUGAAUCAGGUUUGGUAGAAAGUGGGUUCAUCACUCUGUUGCAGGCUUUCAAAGCUUGGAAAAUUAGACAGGAUUUUGAGAAGAAGGAGGUGAUCAUAUUUAGAGAGCUGUGACAGUUCUUACACUGUUCCAGGAUUGUUAGCAAAUCUACAAAUAGAAGAGUUUGAUUGCUGAUGGUGUUAGUCAUGUUGCGACCGAUUUGCUGACUGCCGAGAGUUUAGUAUGUGCAGCUGAAAUUAAAAGGAAUUUUAUGUGCAUAUAAAGUACUGUAAAAAUAGUAUAUAACAUUGUAAAAUCAGCUGUGGAGUGCUGUAUUAGUUAAUGGACAUGUGAAACUUCUAGCCUUCAGCUUCCUAAUGCACAAGUUCUUUUCCUCCAGAAAGAAAAGGAAUGGUGCUUAAUAUCUUAAAUAAAUGUAGAAAUACCCUUUUUGGUCUGAUUUUUCAAUACGGUGAAGCUGUUGUAAUGGCUGCUUGAUAACUCGCUGAUGGAGGAAUCAGUGGAACCCCUUUUCUGGUCCUGGUGCCUCCUUUGUGCCAGCGUUUGUUUUCCUGUGAUCCAAACUGAGCCAGUUCAAGCCAUUUUCUUCUGGCUUAAUGAUUGGCCAGUUCUCUGUGAGGUUAGAUGUGCAGAAGGGAGAUGGUGGGAGGGUAAGGAAGGAGAUUUGUCCUUUCAGAAGGAGAUACCCGCUGUUGAAUAGACUUAGCUGCACUGUAACACCUGUGGGUUGAUGAGCCAGAGAUGCAGCAGAAUGUUUAAAACUGGGAAAGGCUCCCCAGGGGAAAAAAAAAAAUCCAAUUCCAUUUUUCAGUGUUAAGGUUUUGGUAGUGUACAAGUGAGAUACAAUGUUACCACACACAUUUAGUGACACAAGGAGGAGGGAGGAAAUGCUGAGUAUUUUCCAUUUUGAGUGCUUAUUUCGCUUUGAAGAGACCUGAGAAUUCCCAUAGAGAGUUGUUGCUGAAAGGCUGGUCCUACCAACACAAGUGGGACAAAAUAAAGUUGUAUGAGCUUUGCUCACCUUUGAGCAUCUCUUGACUUUGUAACAUCAGCAUCUUUAAUGUAGGUUUUUUGGUAUUUGACUUUCUGACAGCAGAAUGUACAAUUUGCUGGCUUGAAGAAAACUUUGGCACUGCUUUAUUUUGAGGGACUUAGAUUGGAAAAAUGUCAGUAUUCACAACUAGACAAAUUUUACUACUUCAUGUAUUUUGCUAUUCUAGGCUUAAUUUAUGGAAUACUUACUUCUCUGCAUUCUGGUUUGGGGGUUUUUGUGGGGUUUUUUGGUGUUUUUUUGGGGGGGGGGUUGGUGUUUUUUGGGUUUUUUUGUUUUGUUUUUAACACUCUGGCAGUUUCAUAGUUCAAUGUCUGCAAAAUUUAGAUGCAACAGCCCCUUGCCAAAAUGAUUCUUAUUCCAGAAAAACCUGUGGCACCAAACGAAAGAUAAUAAUGAGGUCAAGUGCAAGUAAUGCACUUAGGAGGAAGCAUCUGAAAUAUUUUUCACUGUUUAGUCCAAGUUCUAUUUUUAAGUUGCUUUCUAUUUCAUAGGAGAAUUUACACACUUGAAAUAUAUUCACAGAAUCGCAGAAUGGAUAAGGUUGGAAGUGAGGUCAUUUGGUCCAACCUUCCUGCUCAAGCAGGGUCAUCCUAGCAAAUUUCUAGAAAAAAUCAGUGCAUCUUUUAUAGCUGAAACUGAGUUGAAGCAACAGUGUUUUGAAUUCUGUAAGUAGCCACUACCUUAAUUUUUCAAAAUUAUUGGUGACUCUUUUACCAGAGAGAUGUUUACAUACUUCAGCUGGUUUUGGUACAGUGAAAAUCCAGUGGGGACAGUCUGAAUUUUCUCCAGUGCUGUUUUUGAAAUUAAUAAUUCUAGGCAUUCAAAUACAAAUUACCCUAUAGGAAUGGAUUAAUUGUAUUUUCAAAGCCAUUUGUACUGAUUUUUCCUACAGUUUUUUUAAGGAAAUACAGGAGGAUUUUCAGUGUCUUGUUUAUAUCCUUUUGCCAGGUGAAGAUCCAUAUAAUUUACUGAUAGAUUGAGAGCAGUUCUUUUCCACUCAAGUGCAGCAAAACCUAGGUUUAAAUUUUGUGGGGGUUUUUUUGUCCCUACCAUUAAAGUAUAGUAACUUAGAAGAGAAUUCUUUGGCACAAGAAUUGACCAUUCAGUCUUAUUAAAUAUGUUUGAAAGUUUUCACAAAAGCAACCUGUUCACAUACUUAUUUGUUCUAUUCUUAGCCUGACAAAUCCACUGUAGUUUAGUGUGGGAGAAGAAAUAAUUUCUCUACAGAUCAUAGGAAUUUUAAGUAAAUUAGUUUGGCCUCAUAAAAAUAUUAGUGUACAACUGACAUGUUUUCCUCAAAACGUCUGUUCUAUACUGUCUGUUCUACUUUAUAUAUUUUAAUAAAGUGCAUUUUAAUAUGAUGAAUAUUGAAACCUUUCAGUUCAGAAUUUAAAUUUGUAUCCAGUCCAGGCUUUCAACAGUUUUUCUCCUCUCAUAAUAAUCCUGAAGCAUUCUUAUUAAUGAUACUGUCAGUGUCCAGGGAUCUCUAAGCCAAAUAUUAAUAAUUAAACUUGCUGCUUAUUAAUAUAA